UAGGCCCCGUCCCAGUCCCAUCCCAGUCCCAUUUCGGCACUCGCCAUGUCGUGGACGCCAGUGCCUUUGACAGAGGAUGAACUUGCGUACUAUGCCAAGGAGCUCAACCUCACCGAAGACCAAGUCUUGGAAUUCAAGCAGGUCUUUGAUGAAUACAUGGAGGAUCUAGAUGGUGCCCUGACGCGGCGGAACAUCGUGAAUUUGGUGCGAGCCGUCGGGCUGAACCCCUCCAAGUCCGAUCUACAGAUGAUCAUCAAGCAGGCGGACUCAGAUGGCAGUGGAGAUUUAGACUUUGAAGAGUUCAUGAUCAUCGUGGCGCAAGUGAUCGCUAUCACUCCCAAGCCCUCGCCUGAGGAGUAUGAGCGCGACAUGAAGGAAUUGUUUGAAGCCAUUGAUCUUGAUGGUGGCGGCUCUAUUAGCUCCAGAGAACUGAUCCAGGCACUCACCACCAAAGGACCUGAACCCAUGGAAGCCGAAGAGGUGAAGAAAGUCCUGGGCCGCAUCGACAAAGAUGGUGAUGGCAAGAUGAACUUUAAGGAAUUCUGCAAAAUCAUGGAAGGCUGAGCUUAGGGGCAGCAAUCCAGCUACCUGUACAUAAUGAGCUUCUUCACACUUCAAAGCUAUCAUAGUUUUGAAGUGCUGAUUUCCUCAAGGGAAAGAUGCUGCUUGGAGGACUCUAGGAUGAUGGCCUGUGGAAAGUCCUUGCACAUGGAAACCAUGCAUGCCAUGAUUCGUCCGGUGUGUGAAAGAUGGCCAAA